AUGAAUCCUAAUGAUCCUGAUGACCAAACUCAAAAUAGCUCUGAAUCGGAACCAGAAACUCAGGAUGAAAUUUCUUCUAAUGAUUCUGAUGAUGAUGAAAGGUCUGCUUCUGAUAGUAAAGAGAUCUUGACCUCCAAUUAUUCAGAAACAUCCGGUUCCAAUGACCCAUCUUACUCAACUGCUUCCAAUACUGAUUCCGAAUUAUCCAAGAUAGAUUCUUCUUUUGCACAUGAAAAGUAUCAAAGAAACCUUGUCAAAAAUCUCUUGUUAGCUGGCCACCGAGGUCCCCAGAUUUUGAAGAUUCUUAAGGAAGAACAUGGAAUAAAAAUUUCUCCUUGCAAUCUAAGUCAAAAGCAAAAACAAUGGGGACUACGAGUGUGUGAUCUUCAACAACGACAACCUCCAGCCCUACUAACCCCAAAAGUCCAAGCAAUCAUUUCUUCACACUCCAAAGGAAUGAAUCUGGAAGAGAUUCGAGCUCGACUGGCUAACGAAACAGGCGUUGAUGUAGUUCUUUGUACAAUCAAGCGCUACCUAAGCCAGCUCAACUUGAAAAUACUUCGAAACGAUGUUGCAGAUGGUACAGUAGCCAUGGAACAAGUAUUUGCAGCUGUACAUGAUGCUUGA